AUGGACGAUCAAGCCCGCUGGAGUCGGGUGCACCAUCAAAGGCGUCGGAACUUCUUGUUGCUGUACUUGCUUGACAUCCAAGACCUCAGAUUCAGGGAGCUGUUGGAUGAUGAAGGACGUCUUAGAAGAGACCGCCGAAUUCCUCGAAUUGCGUUGCUCUCACCAACAGACUCGCCUUGGGCCAAACUGUAUGCGUCCGGCAACAACCAGGCAUUGAUCACCACAACAGGCUUCGAUCACAAGUCAUUUCGAACCCUUGUGGAGCUGUUUGCGCCCUGGUUCAAGGGUAAUACACCAUGGACUGGCAAGCAAGAUGGAACAACCUUCAAAAAACUCAGUAAAUAUACCCAUGGCCGCUCAAGAAUUAUUGAUACAGAGACGUGUGUUGGUCUUGUUUUGACUUGGUACAGAUUCAGAGGCGGCGAGUUUGUUUUACAAGGAUGGUUUGGUUUUACUGCCAAUCAUGCCAAUGUCUGGCUACGCUUUGGAAGACGUGGCCUUUUGAAAGUGUUAUCAGGUCAUCCCCUGGCUCGUGUUGAGUUUCCUUCCUCCACAGAGCAAGUUCACCUCCUUUGCAAGCUUGUUGAGUUGCGGCAUAACAUGCUGCCGGAUGUUGCAUUUGUCAUGGAUGGUGUCAAACUGAUGUUUGAGAAAGCAGAAGAUCUGGACGAACAGAGUAUGUACUACAACGGCUGGACGCACGAUCACUACAUUACCAACGUCUUUUGCUUUGGCGCUGAUGGUACUAUGGUUGCUGCUGCUGUAAAUGCUCCUGGCUCCAUGCAUGACAGCACGAUCGCCGAAUACGGCAGCAUUUACAGCCAGCUCGAAGAUAUCUAUCAACGUACAGGUGCCAAAUGCUGUGUCGACUCGGCUUUCUCUGCUGCAGAAAGGCCUUACAUUGUGAAAUCGUCGGAGAACGUACUCCGAGCUGGUUCACCCGAGCAGCUGAUUCAACAGGAGCAGGCUACGUCUCUGCGACAGGCUUCAGAAUGGGGAAUGCGUGUUGUGCAAUCUGCUUUCUGCCGACUCAAAGAUCGCAUUCAUCUUGAAGACAAUGGAGAACGCCGAGUUUUUCUGUUGUUGAUGCCUUUGCUGUACAACAUUCGGCUUAAUCUAGUUGGUUUGAAUCAGCUUCGAAAUACCUACGUUCCGAUGUGGAGCGUCGAUUCAUCCUACUUUAUUCACAAGUAA